AUGCCGACCACCUCGAAGUACGCCGGCGCCGCGACCAUGACCCAGGCCGCCCCCAGGACCGUGCUGAACAUCGUCAGCGGCAAGCCGGUCGCGGCGGGCGAGGUCGCCAGCAGCGCCUACACCACCAGCUCCGUUGGCCCUGCCAGGGGCUACGCCAAGGCCUGGACUGUGCUUUUGUCCGGUGGGGAGGCGUCGUGGUCAGACUUCAUCGCAUCUUUGCUUGAGGCAGCCGGCGCCGUUCUGCCCAGCAGCGCCCCAAAGAUCGGGCCACCGGCGGUGGCUGUGGGACGUGCCAUGGCUGAGGGACGCCCUGCUGUGUCUAUGGCUAAUGGCAAGAUGGUCACCACUAUCAGCAAGAAGUACCAGAUCGUGUUCGUGACCAGCGAAGUGGCACCGUUCUCGAAGACUGGAGGCCUGGGUGAGGCCAUGGACGGCCUGCCCAUUGCGCUCGCGGCCUUGGGCCACCGCUGCAUGGUCAUCUCUCCCCGCUACGACCAGUACAAGGAGGCCUGGGACACGGGCUACUGGAGCUCCGUGCCUAUGGGCGGCAAGAACGAGUCCGUGCACUUCUUCCACACCUACAAGCAGAAGGUCGACUACGUCUUCGUCGAUCACCCCACCUUCCUGGAGCGUGUCAACGGACUGACAGGUGCCAAGCUGUACGGCCCGGAGUGGGGUCAGGACUUCGCAGACAACCAGGCUCGCUUCGCCUACUUCUGCAAGGCCGCCUUGAAGGCCAUUCAGGAGCUGCCUUUGGGCGGGGCCGUGUACGGCGGUGACUGCAUGGUCGUCUGCAACGACUGGCACUCGGCCCUUGUGCCGAUGCUCAUCCACGCCGAGAAGCCAACAGGCAACUGGACGAACACAAAGUCCGCGUUCCUCUGCCACAACGCGGUCUUCCAGGGCCGCUUCGUGCGCGAGGAAGGCCUUGCCAGCGUUUUUGGUGUACCGGAGCGCUACAUCGACAGCAUCACCUUCAAGAUGCCUCUGCGCAUCGGAAAGUACAACGAGAAGAAAUCCUGCAUCAACACGAUGGCUGCCGGCCUGCGCUACGCCGACCGGGCUUUGACCGUCUCUCCCAGCUAUGCUGUGGAGUGCUGCACGGACCCGGAGAAGGGUGUUGAGUUGGAGGACCUCUUCACCCUGGGCAAGUGCACAGGAAUCCUGAACGGCGUCAAGGAGGGCGUGUCCCCCAGCGACAAGAACUUCGUCACGAAGACCAUGAUGACCUGCGGAGCCUUCACGGCCGCCACCGCCCCAGAGGCCAAGGCGGAGCUGAAGGCCACCUACCGUGCGCAGAACAACCUUCCGGAGUCCACGGGCCCCCUCAUGUGCUUCAUCGGAAGGCUGGAUGCCCAGAAGGGUUACGACCUGCUUCUGGAGGCCCUGGUGGAGAUCCUCGAGGACACCGAGAUGCAGGUGGUCAUCGUGGGCUCCGGACGCGCCGACCUCGUGGCUCAGACGAAGGCCGUCGAGAAGAAGUACCCCAGCAAGUUCUUCUAUGCAGGCUGGAUGGGCCCCGAGCGUUACGCUCUGCUGGCCGGCUGCGACUACACGCUGCUUCCGUCCAGGUGGGAGCCGUGCGGCCUCGUCCAGAUGGAGGCCAUGCGCAUGGGCACGCUGCCCAUCGUCGCCCCUACCGGCGGCCUGAAGGACACCGUCGAGGAUGGCUUGAACGGACUCUGGACCGACAAGGAGAUGUCCGUGGAGGCCGUCAUCGACGAGGAGUCCGUGCAGUCCAUCGCGAACGCCCUGAAGCGGGCCUCGAAGCUCUUCAUCCAGGAGCCCGAGAAGGUGAAGGCCAUGACCCGGGCGGCCAUGGCGGCCUCCGCGGAGUUCACCUGGAGCAACGCGGCCUUGCAGUACGAGGCCGUCUUCGAGGAGCUGGGCGUCAAGGACGUGGAGUUUGCCUUAACCUGGCCCCGUAGAGUUAGCGUUGCAGGAUCUGGGGUAACAAGGGUUCAGGGUUACAGGGGUUCGAAUUCCACACGGCUUAGGAUUGCAGGGCUUAUGGUCGGGGCUCGGGUUACGGACCUUGUGGCCAUGGGGUUGUAG